AUGGCCCGGUCUCCCAAUAGGCACGCGCAUGCGGCCCCGACAGCCAUUGACGGGGCGGAUGACGCCAGAAGGACGAUUGUGUGGAACAUCGCUGGUCGGAUUAGCUGUGAUAAGAUAAUCAGCCACGCUUUCCUCACGACCACAUGGUUCUAUUCUUCACUUCAACCGGUUGGUGCCCUUGGGUUGCUCUCCGUCGAUCUUCAUGGUAAUCCAGCACAUGCGACGCCCAUCACGAUCUAUAUGGGCAAAGACAAAGUCGAAAACGAAGACCUGAUCAAAUACGCUCUGACGACAGACAUUUGGUUCCACGUUGACAAGCUCUCCUCCGCUCACGUUUACCUCCGUCUCCCCGAAGACGGCUCCAUGUCAUGGGAAGCAAUACCCAUGCCGCUGCUGACAGAUUGCGCGCAGCUCGUCAAGGCGAACUCCAUAGAGGGUAACAAGAAAGACAAUCUAACGAUUAUAUAUACCCCCGCGGAUAAUCUCAAGAAAACGGGCGACAUGGCUGUCGGCCAAGUCUCGUUCCACAACGACAAACGGGUCAAACGGGGUAUGUUCACGCUUGCUCAGACGGCUAUUCUGCCAACUCGCACAGUCCACGUCGCCACACGCGAAAACCCGAUUGUGAACCGGUUGAACAAGACAAAAGUCGAGCGGGUCGUUGACCACGAGCAAGAUCGGGUUGACCGGUUGAAACGGGAGGGUGCCGCACGUCGAGCAGCUGCCAAUGAGAAGAAAAAAGCUGAUGCGGAGCUGGCAAAGAUGCGAGAGGAGGAGAAAAACGCACGCUCAUACGAUACGCUGUUCGAGCAGCAAGAGAACGAAUACGAGGACGAGGACGAGGAGCGGGAUAAGGGCAAAUCGGUAAGGGAGUUAGAGGAUGACUUCAUGUGA